CUCCCUAAACGGCGAAGUUUUAAAUUCCAACCUGUCGUCCUCGGCGAGGAGUCUCCCAAAACUGGAAACAGAACUAACAAAGAAACUAAAGGAAGUUUCUUUCCAUGUUCACAUUUCGUACGGAAUCCUUAAUCUCCAAAAAGGCUUCGUUUUGGGUCGGAUUCACUUGAGUUUAUGGAGGUAGAUUUUGGUCCUAUUAGUUCUUGCUCUAAAGAGCAUCAAAGGAUCUACCAGGAGUGGUUCAAUUAUGCUGAUUCUGAUUGUGAUGGGCGCAUUACGGGCAACGAUGCUACAAAGUUCUUCGCCAUGUCUAAUUUGUCUCGACAGGAUCUCAAGCAGGUGUGGGCAAUUGCAGAUUCCAAGCGACAGGGUUAUCUUGGUUUGAAAGAGUUCAUUAGUUCCAUGCAGCUAGUUUCUCUGGCGCAAGCUGGACAUGAAAUAACACAUGACCUCCUGAACAGUGACGUUGACUUGAAAGAUGUGAAACCUCCAGUUAUGGAAGGUUUAGAUGCCCUAUUGGAGAAGAAAAAACGUUCAUCAAAGACGAGUGAUUACGAUCUCAAUGAUAGUUCUCAAGUGGAAACAUCACCGUCAGCAAAUUGGUUUUCUUCAAAGUCAGCGAAAAAGGUACCUUUAUCCUCUGUGACAUCAAUCAUAGAUGGCUUGAAGAGACUGUACAUUCAGAAGCUGAAGCCUCUGGAGGUUGCCUAUGGUUUUAACAACUUUGUAUCCCCAUUACUGACAAAUAGUGAUUUUGAUGCCAAACCAAUGGUAAUGCUUUUGGGCCAAUACUCCACUGGAAAAACAACAUUCAUUAAGCAUUUGCUCAACCGCAGUUAUCCUGGAGCUCAUAUUGGACCUGAGCCAACCACAGAUAGAUUUGUUGUUGUGAUGUCUGGACCUGAUGAACGAAGUGUCCCAGGAAACACGAUUGCUGUCCAAGCAGACAUGCCCUUUAGUGGUCUCACAACCUUUGGAACUGCGUUUUUGUCAAAAUUUGAAUGUUCUCAAAUGCCACAUCCUCUUCUGGAGAACAUUACAUUUGUGGAUACCCCUGGAGUUUUAUCGGGUGAGAAGCAACGAACGCAGAGGGCGUAUGAUUUUACGGGCGUAAUAUCAUGGUUUGCUGCAAAGUGUGACCUCAUUCUACUUCUGUUUGACCCUCACAAACUUGAUAUAAGUGAUGAAUUUAAGCGUGUGAUUUCCUCUUUACGUGGCAAUGAUGACAAGAUUCGUGUGGUUCUCAACAAGGCUGACCAAGUUGAUACUCAACAACUAAUGAGGGUUUAUGGAGCUUUGAUGUGGUCGUUAGGGAAAGUUCUCAAUACUCCCGAGGUUAUGCGUGUGUAUAUUGGCUCAUUUAAUGACAAGCCUGUUAAUGAAGCUGCUGUUGGUCCUAUCGGGAAAGAACUUUUCGAGAAGGAACAGGACAACCUUCUUUCUGAUCUAAAAGCUAUUCCAAAGAAGGCCUGUGAUCGUCGAAUCAAUGAAUUCGUGAAACGUGCGAGAGCUGUCAAGAUACAUGCUUAUAUCAUAGGUCAUCUUAAAAAGGCGAUGCCCGCUAUGAUGGGGAAAACUAAAGCUCAACAGAAGCUUAUCGACAAUCUGGAAGAAGAGUUCGCAAAGGUGCAAAGAGAGUUUCAUCUGCCACCGGGAGAUUUCCCUAAUGUCGAGCAGUUUAGAGAGAUUUUAAGUGGCUACAACUUUGAUAAGUUCGAGAAGUUGAAGCCGAAGAUGAUACAAGCUGUUGAUGACAUGCUCGGCUAUGACAUACCAGACCUCUUGAAGAACUUUAGAAAUCCAUACGCUUAACUGUUCUCGAUGAGAAUCAACUCCAUUGUCGCCGGAGGAUACGUCAUUAAGAAGCUGACAACAAGAAGGGAGUUUGCUGUAGAAGUGAUGGAUUAUAAUAUCGUCGAAGCAGAAGAAGAAGAUUUAUUUGCAGAGGAGGAAAGGGAUUCCAAGGCUUUGGUGCUUCAUGGAGUGGAUGCAAUGAUAGUGUGAGAGGAACUUGGAGACUAGAGAAGCAGAAUUCUGAUAGAGAGUUUUAGGACAUGCUUGCUAGGGGCAUGUAAUAAUAAAUUAUUCUGGAUCUUUAAGAUUGAUUUGGUGAUUGGUUUUUGUCAAG